CAACGCCGUAUCCAUGGGAACGUAAAUGGGAAGUUUUGUUUAUUAAGCAGUUUGAGAUCUAGAUUGUUUGCUUAUCCAAGUUGUUAAACGCUCGCAAGUAAUUCUGAAGGGCGCAUUUUUGUAUUUCUUCUUUUCGUUCGGAUAACUGGAUAUUGGUAAUCUGCUAAACUGAUACGUUAGCCGUACGCUUUAGGUCUCCGUGGGACCACUUACAGCCAGCACAGAAAUGGAAGAGGCAACGUACUAUUUGGAACAAGUCACAAUAACUGAAGAGUCAGAAGAUGGUUACUCGUACGAAGAGGUGCCACUGGAUGACUAUGAUAGCAUUGUAGAAGGUGAAGAAGAUUUUGAGAAAGCAGUCCAUGCUGUUCAGGAGCAGACUGAAGCCAUCCAGGCUGUGACUGAGCGUCCAGUUUUGGUAUCCAAAUAUCCAGUUUCCCACAAGCCAGAAGUUGUGGAUGACUUCCUUCGAAACUUUUUGAUAAAAAUGGGAAUGAUGAAGACUCUUGACUGUUUUCAGACAGAAUGGUAUGAAAUGAUGCAUAAAAAUCAAAUUAAGUCAGAAGAUGCUGAGUUUGUUCCAGAUGUGUAUACCCACAAUCAGCUAUUAGACAAUGACAUACGGCGCCUUAAGAAAGAACUUGAUAAGUACAAAGAAGCAGCUAUCAACGCAAAAGAAUCUUUAGUAAAAUUGCAAAAAGAACGUGAUUUUCAUCGAAUGCACCACAAGCGUGUAGUUCAGGAAAAGAACAGACUUAUUAAUGAUAUUAAAAGGCUGAAGAGACAUUAUGCAUCUUAUGAGCCAGCACUCAAACAACUCAAUGAAAAAUAUCAAAUGGCACUGAAGCAAAAACUCUUGAUAAGCUUGGAAAGAGACAGAGCUCUUGGAGAGGUUACAGGUUUGCAAGCCACUCUUAAAAAUAUAUUAUCUGGACGUGAAUUCUCGCUUGCUGAAUCUGAAGAUGCAUGGUGGGUUCCUUCUAAGAUGAAAUGACACAUUCCAGCAAAACGUGAACAUUUUCAAGUCAAGCAACAUAGACCAAAAUGUUUUUUUUUUUAAAUCUAAAAUGUCUGAUGUUUUUUUAGUGUGAAAUGAAGGUCACUGAUUUUCAAAUUUCAGAACCAUCAUUUAAUGCUGAUAUAGCUUGAACAUAUCUGUAGAGAAUGCAUGAAUGUAUUGUUUAUAAUUUUAAAACUGAAAUUUCAUCAGCACAUUUAGUUGUAUAUAGUGCAAAAUACAUCUCACUUGUGUAUCAAAAUAUAUCUCCUUGUACCUAAA